AGAAAGCGAGAGUAGCAAAUCACCGUAUUAAAAAUAUACAAUAUCAAAUUUACAGCUCUCGUUUAAAUUCUCAAAAUUCGAAAGUAAAUCAUUUUUGUUCUGUUCUCGACCAAAUACAAAGUAGAGUAGCCAGUAGUUUACUGCAGAAACAUAUAUUCAUGAACGACUGAAGAAUGCUAAGUAUGCCUGGAUGGACUUCUGCCGAUUUAGGAUUCAUAUUUAGUGACGUUUACUGACUUCGUUUUCAUUCCCUGACUUGAAGCUGAGGGGAAAAUAAAUCUCGUGACGAUUUUGAUUUGGGCGACAGCAAAUAGCGUAUUUCGGAACAUGAGUCAUCAUGCGGGUCGGAGCGCGGCGUCGCAGUUCUUCAUGGAAGGUGAAUAUGGGGAGGAGGACGAAGACUACAGCGGCGGCAGCAGCAGUGGAGGGCGACGGACCAGCAGCAGCUCAGGGUUGGGCGUCAUGACAUCACGACAUUCGUCCUCUCGGAUCGACAGUGGCUUCGACGCCACGGAUUAUCAGGAUGAAAAUGAGGUUGCGGAUUUAUUGACGAAGGCGACUGUUACUUCUAGCGAAAAAACGAAACUGGAAAAUCUACGACGAGUGAAUGAAAUCAUAAUUACGAAGCAGCCGGCCCUUUUGGACAAUUUCCUUAACGAGAUGUUAGACUUUCAGAGUGAUAAUAAUGCCGAUGUUCGGAAAUACAUUUUGGAGUUUAUUGAAAAUGCUUGUAAAACGGACCCUGAAACAAUUCCAAAGGUGAUGCACAACAUGAUGAUGAUGCUUCAAGACAAAUGUGUCUCUGUGCAAAAGAAAGCAAUCCAAGUAUCUGGGAAAUUGUUCCAGUACACGUUGAUGUGGCUUUCAAAGUCUAAAACUGUGACUGACGAGAUGGAAGUUGCUUGGAACUCUGUGAACGAACUGAAAAAACAUAUUUUGAAGAUGAUAGACAGCGAUCUUGAUGGAAUCCGUACACAUACUGUCAAAUUUAUUGAAGGUGUUGUUCUUCUCCAAACUGCUACCGAGGCGGAUAGCGUUAAACGAGAAGGGGUUUUUUGCUUAGACGAUGUCCCCAUCAACAUUAAAGUAGCAAGGCCAAGAAAAUUGGAGGAAGAUGCGAGGAUAUUAUUUGAAGAUUUGCUCAAAUUCCACGGCUCUCGUCAUGCUACCAGUGUAAAUUUAAUGACCUGCAUGGGCUCUAUCAUAAUCAUUGCCAAGUUAAGACCCGUUUUUAUGGGGCGUGUCGUGACAGCUAUGGAAAAACUUAAUGCCAUCCUUCCACCCACUCUGGAAAGGUCCCAAGUUACCUCAGUCAGGAAAUACAUGAAGGUUCAGUUAAUAGGUUUACUAAAACAUCCUAGAGCCAUUGACUAUUAUGACAACAUAACGACUCUUCUUACUGAUCUGGGUGCAUCGUCGAGUGAGCUCUACAAAUCGAUCCCAAAUUGGGAUGAAAUAAAAGCCGAGCGCCGAAAAAGACACCGACUGAUGAAUGAUAUCGAUGAUCAAGUCAGUAGGAAAAGAGCAAAGCUGCAAGAGGAGGAGAAAGAUGUACCUGACGUAAUUAUGGAGGACUAUGACGAUGACGAAGAUAUGGAAAAACCAGAGGAGGAACAUACCACGUCAAAUACUCUCAGUGAAAUAGAAAAAAAUGUUUUCCAAAAGUUAACUCCUCAAAUGGCAGCAGAACUCGUGUUAUCAUCUAUGGAUCGAUUGCCAGAUACAAUGCCGGCACAUUUUACAGCGUCCUUCACCCCAAUUGCAAUGGCAGGCACGGAGAGCCAGAUUCGGCACGUUUCAAGGCUUUUAGCUGCACAAAUUACUGCGUUUCAAUUGGGGCCAGAAGCAGCCCUUCAAGCAGGUUUUACGUUGGAAGAGUACGACGAACCAACCAAAAUUCCUACUCUUGUUUCCGGUGCAGACAACAAGGAAAAUAAAAAGACAUUGUUUGACUCUCGUGGGAUUGUUCCCAUUGUUAAAAGAAAAAUUACAAAAAUAUUGAAAUUGAGUGAAAUAACAAAGCCAUUGACAUUAGAAGAAAAUCAGAAGCAAAUGCUUUCCGCUGUUAAAAGAAUUUUGUAUUCGCCUGACAAACUUGAUGAGAUCAAAUCUCGAAUAGUUUGCUCUAUUGCAGUAAAUUCCACAUUUGAUGUUAAAUUUUUUAUACUAAAAUACAUUCAGUCUGAUAUACGAAGUCAUUUGAAUUUGGGAAUUAGUUGGAUAUAUUCAGAGUACUGUUUGAGUCAAGAGUUCAUAGCUACAAGCAUUGCCAACAAGACGGAAGCUUCACUCGACAGGUAUGAAUGGACUUUUGUAAACAUAAUGAGAUCCAUCUUGGAUACUGCAGCUGACGCUGAAAAGUCAUUGUUUGCGAGAAAACUGUAUACCGAAUCUCCAACCAUACCAGACAAAGGAUUGGACCUGCUUAAACAAUUAUGCGCCCAGUCGCUUCAUGCUACGAAUGGAAUGAAUCUACUCAUGGAAUUGGCCUUAAAACGUCCACGCAAGCUGUACUACUUGAGCACCUUAUUGGAGUUUUGUGCCCAUUCAGCCGAUGAGGUUCGUUCAGAAGCUGUUAAUUGCGUUAUGAAUCUUUAUAACACAAUGGAAAGCAUGCGUGGAGUGGUAGAAGAUCAAGCUGUUGGAACGUAUAUGAACUCUUUGCGGUUUAAAAAUCCUCCAGAAAUUUUGUUUUCUGACGUUUCUGGAAGGUCAGACGUUUCAAAGGAUUGGAGUGAUGAUCUUGUCAGAGCGUGCCUUACUCUCUAUCUCCAGCUGUUGAGCAUAAAAAAUUCAUUGAUUCACGAACUUGCCAAAAUUUAUGUUGAAACAACGAGCGAAGUCAAACGUAGUAUUCUCCGUUAUAUAGAGCAGCCUAUACGUAAAAUGGGAAUGAACGCUCCAGAAUUGAUGAAGUUAUUGGACACCUUUCCGAAUGGAGCAGAAACACUAAUUACAAGGAUAAUACAUUUGUUAACAGAUAAAACUUUGCCAAGUGCCGAGUUGGUUACAAGAGUUAGAAACUUAUAUGCCAAACGUGUCUCGGAUGUAAGAUUCCUCAUCCCAGUUCUUAAUGGUCUUAGUAAAUCUGAAAUCAUUGCUGCUCUUCCGAAACUUAUCAAAUUGAACCCUAAUGUGGUCAAAGAGGUAUUUAAUAGACUAUUGGGGAUUCACACGGAUGCCAAAACGCAACACGCAAGUCCCAUAACUCCCGUUGACCUUAUGGUUACUUUGCACAAUAUAGAACCCACAAAAUGUGAUGUAAAGACAGUCAUCAAAGCUACCUCAUUGUGUUUUAAUGAGUCUGAAGUGUACACGGCUGAAGUCCUGGCAAUCGUGAUUAAUCAGUUACUAGAACAAUCCCCACUCCCCACCCUUCUGAUGAGAACAGUCAUCCAGACUCUAGCUCUUCAUACUAAACUAUCCGGAUUUGUGAUGAAUACAUUGAGCAGACUGGUUAAUAAGCAGGUUUGGACACAGCCAAAGGUCUGGGAAGGAUUCGUGAAAUGCUGUCAACGGACCAUACCAAAAAGUAUCCCCGUCCUGUUAACUCUUCCUCCGCCCCAAUUACAACAAGCCUUGACUGAAGCACCAGACCUGAUGAGUCCCAUUGCUGCACACUUGAUGUCUCUUUCAGAUCAACAGCGUUCCUGUUUGCCACCAAUGUUGUUGAACCUUGUCCUUGGCGGUAGCAUGGUAAAACCAGAAUAUCAAGGGUAUGAUGAGUAUCAAGAAGUUGUUACAGUGGGAUCGGUGAGCAAUGGAAGGCCGAUUUCAAUUAAAGACGAACCUGGGUCCCCGAGAGGAGAUGGAGGACAUGAUCUGUCCAUCGAAAUCAAAGAUGAGAUAGCUGAAUAGCCAGCAACAUUUGACUAAUUGCAGAAUUGUUGCAAGUUAUUAUAUAAUUUUAUAAAUUUGAAUGAAAUGAAUCUAAGAUUAUAUGUAAAUUAAAAUCACAAUCACGGUUAUAAGUACUUUGUAGUUAUUUAUUAUUACUUGCAAUUUUUGACGAUAAGGAUAUAGUUGAAAUUGGAUAAUCUUAGUGGGUGGACAUUAUGUCGAUAAUUUUUUAUAAACAGGAUAUCAUCGUCUAAAAUGCAAAAAACCCUAUCAAACUGGGAGGUCACUAUUCUCCCAUAUUUCCAUAUAUUUAUAUGUAUUAUUCAGUUGAUAUCCUUCCAUAUGUGUGUAAAAUAUUAUGGAAUUAUAUAAUGCAACAAAGAAAAG